AUGGAGGCUGUUGCUGCCUUGUCCUUAGCGUGCAAUGUUUUGCAGCUCGUCGAACAGAGUUACAACGCUGCGACGUUCGUCAAGAGUCUGAAAGAUGGGCACGCGCCGGAAGGGAGCCUGCUUGGGUAUUCAAAUUCACUUCGAAAGCUUGGGGAUGAACUCCGACAAUUGAGCGAUUCGCAAGGCCAAGGUAGUAUUUCGGAAUGCGAUCAGGGUCUCCAGAAGCAAGCGAAAGCUAUGCUGGACGUCGCCGGUGAACUAGUCACGGAGCUAGAAAAACUCAAGGGAUCCAAGCGGAUGGGUGCUGUGAAAUACUUGAUCUGGAAAAAAGGGAAAAUACGAGGACUGGAGAAGGACUUGGGUCAAAUCCAGCAGGACAUGGAUACGAAGGUUCUUCUUGAUCUUCGUAAGAGAUUGAUGCAGGAUCAGGAACAAGUUGCCUCCAGCUUUGGGCAUUUGCGCCAACAACUACAAGAUUUCAUCCUUAAGCAACUUAGGGCCAACGGCACUCCAUUAUCGAACAAACUUGCUGACCAGCUCACCAAAAUCCGGGAUGAUAUCCAAGCUGCUAUCGAAACGGAGGGCAACAACACGCGGGACCACUUCGAUAGGAGGCUAAACGAGGCUGCUGCUCAGAGACAGGAAGAGCGACGGCUUGAACACAGCGAGCAGAAUGUCCAGCAAUUUAUUAAGAGCCUUUGGUUUGAAGAAAUGCACGCGCGCCUCAAUCAAUCAGCAAUUGAACAUUUUGAAGGGACUUUUGAGUGGAUAUUCGAACCUACGUCUAAAGAGAGCGAGAGUGAACUUGAUAAACCACGAUGGAAGUCUUCUUUGUUCUGCGAGUGGCUGCGGAACAACAAGGGGCUUUUUUGGGUCAGCGGCAAAGCAGGCUCGGGCAAAAGUACUUUGAUGCAGUUUCUUAUCAACCACUCAAGAACAGAGGAAAUCCCGAGGGAAACCCGUCAAGAUGUGCUGAUUAUAAGCGCCUUCCUCUGGAAACCUGGGACAAACCCUUUACAGAGGAGCUGCAAAGGCGUUCUUUGUUCUCUUUUAUACCAGAUCUUAUCCUCCCCCACCCACCAGGCCGCUGCGGCGCUGCUUGUCGGUCGGCUACGACAGGCUCAUCUCAAGAGGUCACCUUCCGAUUGGUCUGAGGGCGACUUAAAGUCGUGCCUUCGCGAUACCAUUGAAUGGAUGGGUAAUAGUUGGGUAUACAUCUUUAUCGACGGCCUCGAUGAAGCAGACGAUGCUUCACAUGGCAUUCUUGGGUUGGUGGAUUUCGUACAGUCUUUGCCUCGAGUUAAAUUAUGUGUCUCCAGUCGACCCGAGCCGGCCUUCGUACGAAAAUUAGAAGCGUUUCCGCACCUCAGACUGCAAGAUUUAACGCGCGACGAUAUUGAGAAGUUUGUUCGCGCCAAGUUGUGUGAUUGUAUUGAGGAAGAUGAAAAAGAAGCCGAAUACCUCAUCCUUUCUAUCAUCUGGAAGGCUGAAGGUGUUUUCUUGUGGGUUCGGCUUGUCGUCAACAGCGUAUUAAGGGGGAUUGACGAAUCCGACGAUUGGGAGUUUCGGAGAAAGCGCGUCGAGAAUCUGCCGAACGACCUUACGAAAAUGUACAACGCCAUGUGGAAACGCCUAGGUGAUGAUGAACCCGACUAUUGUGAAGAUGCGGCGCUCUAUUUCGGGGUGAUGUUGCAUCCUGAUCUCCACAGUGUUCUAUACAAUGUCUACCAAUCUGUUGCGAUGAUGAUGCUUGUAGUGAGACCUCGGAUUCGACAAGAGCUGCUGGAAAACCCGCAAGCUAUCUCACGCGACGAAUUGGAUAAACGGUGCUGGCAAAUAAAGGAGCAAAUUCCAGCGAGAAGUGCUGGCCUUCUUGAGGUUUCUUUCCUUGACGAGGGAGAGCGGAGUUCCAGUGGCAAACGAGACUGGAGGCUCGCAACAGUGGCCUUUAUUCAUCGCAGCGCAUCUGAUUUCUUAGCCAACGAAGGCCGUGAUAUCUUGGCACACGCCAAACUCACCGAGAAAGAUAUAUUUGAGGGUCAAAUUGUGUUGAGUUUCAUGUUUGACUACGAGAUUCUCCCUGCUCCAUAUCAAUUCUGCCCCCUUUUCUAUCCUGGCGACAGCGCCAUGCACAUAGUAAAGGGCCUCCUGAUGCUAAAACCGCACCUAUCUUGUGCAGAUCAGAUCGGUUGCAUCAAUACCGCUCGCAGGGUACUUGAGGGGUUACCCGAGUGGCGAGACAAAAAACGCGAUUGUUUAGGGCUGUUCGCGUGUUACGGAUUUACUGAGGCCGUUGAGUGUGGCUUUGAAUCGGAGAUCAAGGAGCGGCUGGCUGACCAAGGGUACAUGGACCAACUCUUGUCUUCGUUUUUGAGAUUCGGAGACACGACAUUUCUCGAUAAAUCUCCAGUCAUCAGCUGGCUGCUCGACAACGGAUCAAAUCUCGACUCUGGAGAAACCGGUACUCGUGAUACAGCGUAUCCUACGCCUUGGAUGGGGUAUUUGCUUUGGCUCUUGUCCGGCCCUCCUCGGGGACUUGAUAGCGACAAAUGGUACAAGGACCAAGAAAGGAUUCUUCCACGAUUCAUAAAUCGAGGCGUUUCCAUGGAGUCAAGAUGCGCUUUAACUGCCUUCCAAUUCGAUGACGGCGAGCCAGGAUUUGGCCAUUGUACAGACUGGUUGGAAAAUGGGAACGGAAAUGACGUCUUCUCGCUCGUUGUUGAAGUAAGCGCGGGAGCUCUCACUCGCAUCGUUUUUAGCAAUUGGAAAUCUAAGGAGUCACCUAAUUUCGACUCUCUGAUUGGUACGGCUCCAAUGGACCUCAAGGUUAUUGGAAUCUUCAAAUAUGAAGGGCCGGGAAUCCGCCCCCUUUCUAUCCAGGAAGUUCUCUUGAAAACAGUAGAGAUGGUAAUCCACCUCGAUCAGCAUUGGUCUAAACGAGAAGGGCAGCCAGACUCGGUGAAUCUUGAAUCGCUCGGGGAAUGCUUCUCGCAGGCUCGGCUACAGAAACUCUGGGAAGAGAAUAAGAACGAAGUCAUGUCCAUCAAGUCAGCAGCACAAUGGCUCGUCGACAGUGGGUAUUUGCAACCGGAAGUGAUCGAGCUCGAUCCCUAUGGAAUUUUCACUUUCAACCCCACAAUGGCUCCAGUCUCCUUCAGGGUGAAGUGA